AUGUCUGAAUCCAUAGGAAAGCCAUGGAUCGAAGCUUCGGUAGUCGAGAUACUGGUAGAUCACGCACAUGAACUUCCAUCUCCAGCUCAGCUACAGGGCCGGGCUCAGAUUAUCAAGUUUUUGACUUUUCGAGAGGAUACCAAGGAUGGGAGGCAACCAAGGGAUCGUGAUACGCCGCUAUGGGCUGAGAUCACUGACAGCGAAUACAUCAUACCAGUUCGUAUCGCAAACGAGGCGACGAACAGGCUCGAAGAUGAAUACAAGCGCGCUUUAACAUACUACCGACGUGGAUUUUUUACACUCAAGGCUGCAAUAUUUCUCGAUAUUGUGGAACUUCAAUACAUAUCAGGCGGAGGCGAAGGAGCUCCUAUGGCAACUCGUGCAGUGGCACUUCGAACACCUCAUGCGUUUGACAAGUGGAUAGCGGGUUUAAGAACAGGGGGGCAAACCUUGACUAGGAUACAAGCCGAAGAGAAGUUUUUGAGGGAUUCGAGCCGCGCCUCUAAAGCGAAUUCGAGGCGUUCAAAUGCAACCAAUGCGAGUAAGAGAUCCUCCAAGGCUCCGAUCAAAACAUCCGCGCAGUCAGUUACUCCGCAGCCCUCGAUUGGGAACCUAGCUGCCAAGCGUGAGUGGCAAGAAAGUUGGUUUGGGAAACGUCCCAAGUGCCAUGGGGUGGACUACAUACCUCACUCCGGUGGGUUUGAACCUACUUCUGAGCAAAAAAUGGCGUUUGAGGUUAUUCUGGAGCGGAUCAAGAUGGCUACGCCCACCAAUCCAUAUGAUCCAAUGAAUAUGAGUAGUAGCUCAUCAAUUCCCGAUCGAUCCAGUGGCCUGCCUACGUCUAUUGUUCGCUCUAGCCAAGUCAUUCGUUCCAGCCAAGUAGUAUCAUCCACGCCUAUCGACGCGCAUCCCACACGCAAUCAAACAACGGCGUCACAGUUGGUCAUUGAACCGGCACACGGAUCGGUCAAACAUUCCAGUGAUGCUGAGAGCAAUGAGGAUUCUGGCUCUGAACAAGACGUUCCCAUUCGGUCUCGACAAACUUCAAACCGGACGGAUAGAACCGGGCAAAUGCCCACACCCCGGCCCAGUGACCAGCAUGCCGACGAGAGCCACCAGGAGGCUUGUAUAGCAGUUGAGGACCGGGCGCAAUCACUUGAGGCAGACGACGCAAUCAUAGAAGAACUGUUGUCCCAGGCAGAUCCUCGUGUUACCAAGUUUGUAUCGAGUAAUCAAAGAAGACUCCCCACUGUACUUGUCCCGGAUUCUGACCCUCCAGACUUGAGUCAGCGCAUCGCCCAAGUCCGAUAUUCCUCUCCAUGGGAUUGUGAAGAUGAGCUAUCUUCAGAACACGAUGGUUUACAUUCUCCAGAAGAGACUAGAAAUAGUCCCACUAAGGGCAAGCGGCCGCAUAGCCCAGCUCUAUUUUCGUCAACCCAACUUAUUUUGAACGCGGCCGAUCAAGAAGCAGCGAGCUCUCAGCAUCUUGGACAGGUGCCCAGUAACGCAAAGCACCAAACGAGCUCAGGACGAGGCGAAUCUCAGCACGGUGCAGCUGCCUCUCUUCCUUCACCCCCGCCAGAACAUUCAAAGGGGCAGAAGAGUCUCAUGCAGAACUUGGAAUCAGUGCUGAGUCGCCGGACCAAUGAACCAGUAUCUCCCACUCCAGCCUUAUCUCACCCGCGCGAUGCAAUUCUCCAACGCACCUCGAAGGACAGUCCAAAUGAGCAACAAGAGGAACCGUUUGGAACCAGGCCUAUUGAUAAGCACACAUCAAGAAAACGCCGGCUAUCUCAGUCACAAGCUGACGAUACCCUGAACGCUGGACUUUCACCGGAAUCAGCAGCAUCUGUUGGUAGGAGACCGGCCACUGAGAACAAGCGACAACGUCUGGAUUCUCAAAGCAAGAAUGCGCCACACCAACUUAAAGUUGCUCAAGGAACCCUGACAAAUACAGCUGUGGUGUCACCAAAUAUGACAAAGCCGACAACCUUCGACAAUGGCUCGGGUGGUGUAAUUCCUCACAACCAUGAUGCUUGGGCCAAUCCUAGCUGGAUGAACAACACAUCUGCCUCGAGCCAGACCGGACCAACUUCGACAAGCUAUUUGCGCGCCGCUGACGUACAAAGCUUGGAUAAUCUACAGUCGCGGCGGAUUUCUCAGGCUAGGAGCGGGCUACGCAUCCUGCAGCCUCACCUCCACUCCUCUUCCCGGAUACCUGAAUGUGCCCCUGCUUCCGAACACCCUCAUAUCACAGCCUCACAGUUUGCUGAUGCUGAUGAAGAUUCCUUGGCACCAUUAGUUAACUCCAAGGUUAUACCUUACAAGAAUAUGCGACUAGCAAACAAACCGGUUACUUUAGUCUCAAAGACUGGCGGCAUAAUUCAAUCAAAGCGUAUUAUUAGGGGACAACGCGCUGUAUCUGCACCUGGAUCUUCGAAGCAAUUGCGCACGUCGAACAGAGAUGGAAAUAGCACAGGAAUGGCACAGGAACCUCAGUCUACCGUUCGGCAUGGAACACGUACUUCCGAAGGGCAGCAGAAAGAAGAGAAGAACAGGCGUUCUACCCUUUCAACUUCCAAUCCUAGGCGGACAAGCAAAGUUCAUUUGGAUGGCUCGGAAGCCAGCACUGUGCGGCCCGCUACAACUGCUCACCAGUCGUACUUGGGAGGAUUUCAACCUUCAGUGACGGUUAAUCUUCCUCGUAAAUACCAGUGGACGUGGGAAAGCUGGCUAGAGGUUACUAAAGAUGCAUAUUCGUUCUGGCUUGAAUGA